AUGAAACGGCAUCCAGCUCCAAAACGAUUCAAACGUCAGCUGGUCCAGCAGAGUACCUAUGUAUUACUCGUUCGUAUGCAAGCUUGCGGUUUCCAACGUCAAGGCACAUUUUUAGCACAAAUAACAUCAGAUAGGCUCUUUAUACCGGAGCUACAAGCGUCGCUAAGGUUUCAAACUAAUACAACGGUGGAACCCGAAAUACAGAAGAGAUGCGGCUUACAGAAGGCCCAAAAAAUGGUUGGUGGAGCAGUCGUCAUCAUCAAUGAUGAGGUCAUGCCUAAGGCCAGGGAAGCCUUAGCCAUCUCACCAUGCACAGAGGUCUUAUCAAAAAUUGUCCACUGGGACCACAGGAUCAAUAGAACAUGUUUCGAGGAUCUUCCAAUAUACUUAGCAAAUCAGUGGGUAUUUGCAUCACCCCACACAAAGGUCAUUAAAUUGACUUUUAACAGGACAGAUUGUUAUCACAGAACACCACCAGCUUAUAAGCGAAAUGAGAAGUGGAUAGACGGAGACCAUGAGAUCCAAUUACGAGAGUUGCAUCAAAGACUUACACCUGUACUACAUGAGCAACAAAUAGAUUUUACGGCUCGGCCAUUUUUCGACCUGGAAGUCGAGAAAAUAGAAAAAGAGAUUUAG